UUUGAAAUUCCCAGUCCGAGCGUAGUAAAGCCAGGCUGGGAAAUUGACGAUGAUACCUUUUAGAGCUGGUAAUUCCUCCCAGACAGCGGUUCCAUAGUGAUCAGGGAACUGUAGGGAUGCUGCGAGUGCAACUCCACAUGCUCCAAGUGUGAGCACAGCUUGCCAACACAUGGUCGACUACCUUGGCGAACAUGUGCCUGAUCGUGGAAAACUGUGCAACUGCGCGUUGUCUUCGAAUGAAUGAUCAAAGUCUGUGUCGAGGCCUGGAAUAUACAGUUUCAAGGACGGACUGCCAUGAAGAGCUUUCUUGUAUACAAAGGAGACUCCUGCUGCUGCUGAUAGGGAAAGUCUGCUGGAUCGGCCAAGGACAGAUGUGCAAAAGUUCCAACACUUGAACUGGCAGACUGUCAAGGCCGAAAAGAUUGCAUAGACGGAUAAAGUGGAUAGGACAAGCAGAUUCGCCCGAGUUCGUUUCUUGGGGGAGAUCGGGCUACGUGAAGCUUGCCCGCGGCGCAGCAUCAAGUUCGGCCUUUCGAAAGAUGCCAUGAUUGCAGGCAUACAUUCGGAUAGGCCAGAAUAUCUCAGCCGCUGAUUGUAUAAGGAAGGUCCUGCAAGUCGCUCUUCUUUCUCUCUCUCACACACACAUACCCCCGCCACCACAUUCAACCUAAUUCCUUUCCCCUCCCAUCAUGUCUACUACCACCACUACUGAGUUUAUCCCCGGGCCCACUGCGGCUCAUAAGCUAUUCCUUCGAGGCUCUCACCACACAUAUGGAGACUUUCGCGAUGACCUCCUCCGCGACGGCUUCGCCGUGAUCAAGGGCGCCGUGCCCCGUGAAAGGGCGGAGAAAUAUGUUGAUGAAAUGUACACCUGGCUGGAGAAUUUCGGCCUCGGAUUCUCCCGCCACGACCCUUCCACCCGCCACACGUCCCACCUCCCCAUCAUCAGCGAAAAGGGCAUGUGCGCAGGCUACGGCCUCCCCCACGAAACCUUCACAUGGUCGAUCCGCUGCGAACCGGGAGUCGUGCAGACGUUUGAAAAAGUGUACGAAACGGAAGAUUUGAUCGUCUCCUUUGACGCGGUGAAUUUUGGAUUUCCGGGCAGAACAGAUUUACAACCCAACUCUCCGUGGCCACAUCAAGAUCAGGAUCCUGCGCGGCCAGGGUUUCGAUGUUUGCAAGGGUUGGUGAAUUUGUUGGAGAAUGGAAAGGAUGAUGGUGGGUUGAUUGUGUGUAAAGGGGGUCAUUUGGUGAGUGAGGAGUUUCAUCGGACGUUUGUGGAGGAAGAAGGGGAUAAGGUUCCUGCUUGGACCAAAGAAUGGUACGGUUUCUCCCCCAAAGGCAUGCAAUGGCUCGCAAACAAAGGCCUCGAAUGGGAAAAAGUCUGCAUGGAGCCCGGCGAUCUCGUCAUCUGGGACUCUCGAACUCCGCACUAUAAUCUCAGUCCGACGAGUACCACCCAGCCCCGCUUCGCCGUGUAUACAUGCUAUAUGCCAGUGAGUGAUGUCUCGCAGGAGGAUUUGCAGAGGAAGAAGAAGGCGUUUGAAGAUUGUCAGGCUACGACACAUUGGCCGAAUGCGGCUCAUGUGGGACAUAUGCCUUUGUAUCGUAAUGGGGAAUUGGAUCCGUGGGAUUUUGAUGUGCCGAAGUCGGGAAGGCCGAAGUUGAGUGAGAGGGGCUUUCGGUUGACUGGGAUUCCGUAUAUUCGGGAGGUGGGAGGAGAGGAGUAGUAGUGAUAGUAGGAAUGGCAAUUUGGAGGAGGAGGAGUUGAGAAGGGUGCAUGUAGUUUCACAAGAAAGA